AUGUGUUCUACUGGCCGACUACGCAUAAUGCGAUGUGAAUUGGGUUAUAUACGACGAGCUGAUGGUUCUUGCUCCUACUCUCAAGGGAGAACUUCGCUUUGGGCGAGCUGCUCCGGUCCAGGUGACAUUCAUGUUGCUCGUCGGGAAGAUGAACAAAUGCAUCUUGAUGUAAGUUUCCGUCAACUCACUGGGGAUUGUCAAUAUCAUAAGGUAAUCCGUACUGGAUUUGACGAUAUUUUUCGUCAUUUCUCGAGUGGUACAUGUUGUUUGACUGUACAUCUUCUUCAAGCCGAUGGGAGCGUCGGUGGAGCUGCUAUCACAGCUGCAGGAUUAGCGGUGUUGGAUAAUGGAAUAUCAAUAAAAGCUCCUUUCUGCGGCGUAGAGGUCUGUCAAGUUGAUGGGAAAUUGGUGUUGGAUGCAGAUGCCAGAACCCAAGCGAGAGCAGAAGCUAACUGGCUGUUUGCCUUCACUAGGACAGCAGAUGUAAGUUGGCUUUCAAUUAAUGUCGUUCACUGA